CUCUUUUAGAAGAAAGUUCAAUCAACUGAGAGACUACUAUUGCCAAGACUAAACAGGGUACAUAUCAUAUUGUACUUUCGAAAGUUAAAUCGAUUCGGCGAUUGGUUUCAUCAACUGGUGCUCCUCAGCAAUAGCCUCGAUUUUCAGAGUGAUGGAAGGGAUGCUGUUCCUGUCAGGAUAGCAAGCUAGGAUUCUGGAGUAAUAUGAAUCGUAUUUGUAGUUAGGGGAAACAAACAGACAUAACCGUGUGUCAUGAACGAAAAGACGAAAUCCACCACAGUUGGUCUGUUAGAAUACUACCUGCUGAACAUUGUCAAAGAUUUGCAACCGUAGCAGAAUAACCUGAAAUGAGUGCAAAGAUAUCAAUCAAAUUAAACAGAAGUGUUAUAAAUAUAUUGGCUAUUGGAUAAAACAUGCACGUUGCAUUGGAAUAACAUAAUAAAGAGCAGUAAUUGGAUAUUUGCGUUACUUUUUCUUAAUGAGUUGGUGUUCAACUCUUGCUAGUAGUUCUGUGCUAAUAUGGCGAAGUGCAGUAUUUCAGGAGAAAAAUUCAUUAACUUUGUGUUCAGCCCUUGUGUUGGGUUGCUUGUUAGUCCUGAUGUUAAUGAACUGUGUCUGCGAGAUAAUCUGACGUUUGAGGAGUUAUUAAGGCCAUUUAGCCAACUGUCUAAAGAUGUAACGUUUAGAGACAAUAAUAAUGUCGUCCAUUCUGUGAAAAACUUACAGCUAAAAUUUUUUGAUAUCAGUUCAUGUCUUUCGCCCAAACACAUAACACAAUCUUGGGUGCGAUAUUUUGUUAACGUGUGUUCUACAGAUAAUACUGUCAGGUCUCAAAAAUUUUGUGAUGGAAGUCGGUCUGUAGUCGUUCCAACAUCUCUUCCAUGGUUUGAAGCAUGGCGUUAUCUGUUCAUAACUAAUUUACAGCCAUUUGAACAUGAAUUUAUCAGUCAUAAUCUAGCCUGUAUAUUUGUUUUGACAACUUCCCAUCCUGAUCCGAUUCGCGGUUUUACUGAACUAACUCAAAGCCAGUCCAAUCAACAACAUCAUAUUCCAGGAAGUCGUCCGUUUUGGUUUACAGAAAAUGUGCUUAAAUUUUAUGUAUUACUACAUGAUGGUUCGUCGAAUAUCAAACAGAGCUGGUUAGUCAGUACUUUAUUACCUAUCUUUCUGUGUCGCCAAGUAUUAACAAGGUGGAUCGCGUAUACCGUACUAAGAGGCCUCAAAGUAUUAAUGCAUUCGGUAGACUUGACUGCUAAACUUUUGGCUUAUACCAUUACAUUGUCUUCGUAACCAUUUUUGUGGCGGAUGCCGUUGGUGGUAUGUACAUACGUAUAAAUAUUCUUGUUGACGAAAUAUUCAACCAAGUGAAAACUACAUUUGGUGCUCUCAACUGUCAUUUGUUAACCAUCUUCACUUCAUCGUCUGGAAAUGAACUAUUAGGUAAUAACAGUUGCGUACCAAAUCACUUAUUAUUUAACAACCCUUAUCAAGCUAAUGGAAUAAUCAGUCGACCGAACACAUCUACUAUCGUCCAUACAUCAGAAAAUGAACCGCACUCCGAUCCUUGGCUGCAUCAUUUGCUACCACAUGGCUAUAGACCCCAGCUGGAUCAUAAAUUAUUUCCACCCAGAGAUACAUCGAUAAAGUCGUGUGAUAAUCAUAUAACAAAUGAUAACAAUGAUCCAUUGACAGUUGAAGACUCUAGGGAAGCGUGUAGCCAAGUAUUUGAUGUUGGUAAAACACCACUUAUUGAUACAUCUUGUUUACCUGCUUCAAGCAUUAGCUCCCAUUCAUCGUAUACAUUUUUACCCAGUCGUUACAGCGAACCACAUGGACAACAUUUGACACAAGCUGAUCGGGAUCGUAUACACAUGUUUGUUUAUGAUUUUAGUGUACGGGCUCUUCUCCCUUGGGUAGAGAAAACAAUGCGUAGUCUAAACGAUCAGAUUGCGCAUCGAAUGCGCCUUUCACGUUCUUUCUUUAAUGCCACUAAGAAAUUUUUUACUCAAGCUGUUGGUGGUGGUGGCGGCAGCAACAACACUACGGUUAAUAGUACAAAUAACUUAACAACUUCAAAAAUAUAUUCUAAUCCAUCACCUAUUGAAACGUCGGCGAACAAUAUAAGUAAUCCAUGUAGUCCAACAAAUCCUGUUAUUGUAAAUAAUUCAAAGGGAGAAUUAUCUACCAACACUACAUUGACUCCUCAAAGUGUUUCAUAUGCAUGCCCAGUCAAUCACUCCACAAUUGUGUAUAACCAAGAUUCACCUGAAUCACAAAUGCGUCGUCUAGCUGAUUUAGCAUUUCUGUUUCAGCAAUAUGAAGUAGCCUAUCAGACGUAUAAUGUAUUAAAACGUGAUUUUCAAAAUGAUUCAGCUUGGUUAAACUAUGCUGGAGCUCAGGAAAUGUCUGCCUUAUCCGUUUAUCUUCAAGGUGCGACAAGCCAACGUCAAUACCCAUAUCAUCUCAUGGAUUCAGCUGUAGCUACUUACCUUCAAUCACAUUUAUCACCAGAACUUGCUUUACGAUCAACUCUGUUAAAUUUUGAAGCAUUAUGUAGUCGUGGUCUCUAUAAUGAAGCUGCUGUGGCACUAAUUCGAUUAACUUCAGACGAAGAUGAUCUUAUCAGCGGUCUCCUUAUAGAACAAGUAGCUCAUUGUGUCCUAUCACUGAAACGUCCAAUGUUAAGAAAGUUUGCAUUUCGUAUGGCAUUGGCAGCACAUCGAUAUGCCCGAGCCAAACAGCCGAUUUUGGCAAUACGAAGUUACAAAUCAACUAUGCCAAUUGUUAUGGGUCAUGGAUGGAGUUUAUUAGAGGAUCAUAUAAAUUUCAGUGUCGGUAAACAAGCUUAUCUUAUUGGAGAUUUAACUACAUCUUGUAAAGCUUUAGCAGAAACAUUGAAAUCAUCUAGUCGACAGUCUGCAGAACGUCAAUUGAUAUUUGUUAAAGAAUAUUUAUCAACAUUAACAAAAUUUUUAUCUACUAAUCAUGAUAAAGAGCAAACUUCUUUGCCAGAAUUCCCUCUACCAAUUAUUGAUCUUCACAAUUUUAAGAUCAUAAUUGGUAAACCAUCGCAACGACAUCAACAACAAGCUGAUCUAUUCGUUGAAGCUCGUGGUGUACAAUUUUCGGAUACUGAAGAAGAUGAAAUAGUGAAUGAAGAUACUGGUGACGAAUUACCACCUUCAUCAAUGUCACAAGUCAUCGAGUUGGAUAAUAAUACGGAUCCAUUCAAUAAUGUAGAAUUUCAAAAAUUCACUAAAAAUUAUCAUAAUUGGAUGGAGGCCACAGACAUUAGCAGUAGCAGCAGUGAUGAAAGUUUGGUAGACGGUCAGAAUGUUGAUACUCGUUACAGAAACAGUGAUUGUUAUCCUUAUCAUGUGAAUGACAGUAAUGAUGAAUCUAGUUAUCGUGUUACUCAUAAAAAAAUUACAUCAUCCCAAAGUAUGAUGUGUCAAAGACUGGAAUAUAUUCUUUUGCAAACAACAUUACCAACCGAUAAGUCGAAGAAUUCUCGUUACUUCAAACGUGAUAAAAUUAUUUACACACCUCGUUCAAAGUAUAGACGAAUGCCUACAUUUCCUCUUGGUGAACAUUUAACUAUACGAAUGACUCUCAUUAAUCCUAUGCGUAUUCCAUUAGUUUUCACUAAUGUUCAUUUAUUAUGGAUAUUUAAAUUGACAAAUUCCAUUACAGAAUCAUCAUCUUGUAUAAUGAAUACAAUGGACAUAAAUGUUAAUAAUAAUAAUAAUAAUCCAUCUUCUCAUAAUCAUAUAAAUAAUGAUCAAUUCAUUCAUAUAACAAAUGAAAUUCCAUCUCAUUCCAAUUAUUCUUAUUCUCAUGAUCAUUAUGAAAUGAUUAAUCAAUUUGUUUCUGGUGAAAUUAUAAAUGAAUUUAUUAUGUUACCAGGAGAACGAAAAAAUCUUCAACUCAGUGUAAUUGCUAAACAAUUAGGUCAGAUAACUAUAACUGGCCUAGCAUUUGAAUGGAGCUAUCUGUCACCUCAUCAAAAUAAUGUUGAAAAUCACAUUAACACUGAUCAUUAUGUCGGUAAUUCACCAUCUUUUAUUGAAUCUGCACCAAAUGUAUGUUUAUCUACCAACACAUCAAAUUCAUUCAAUAACAAUCUAUAUGUUGAUGGCAAAAAUUUAUCAGCUACUACUGAUACAAUGUGUACUAAUCUCCCACCUCCUAUUAGUAAUAAUAAUGACAGUGUUCCAGCUUCUAUUAGUGAACGUAAUUCUGUAAAAGGUAAAAUUUUAUUCAAUCAUAAAAAGAAUAACAGUAUAAACGAUAAUUCCGUGAUACGACUACCGUUGGAUUGGUCCAUUACUCAUCCUGUUCCUUCUUUAAGAGUAUUUUUCAGCUCAUUCCCAAGCCAACUCUAUGAAGGUCAAAUAUGUUCAGUUCAAAUUUCACUAACUAACAGCGGUUUAAUACCACUGACUAAUUUGCGUAUUGCAUCAAAUUAUCCAGGUUUAUUUGCAUUUGGUUCAGUUCCAUAUGAUCUGUCAUCAAAUAAACAUAUUCAAUAUCUUUCAAUUCAGCCAUUAGAGCCAUGGAUUGACGUUCCUUGUGGUCAGUCUUCUUUAAACAGCAGUUACUCUACUGGUAAACAACCUUCUGUACUAAUGCCAGGUACAACUAUUACUCAAAAAUUAUGGUUACGCGGUCCAUACUUAACAUAUCCAUAUUCUCGUAGAAGGCAUCGUAAUUCUAAUUCACAUCGUUAUCCUCAGCUCAUUUCAGCUUUACCACCAUCAUCAUCAACAUCACUAUCUAAUCAGAAUAGCUACAGUAGUAACACUUCCGGUGUUGUAAUUUGUGGUGGUUCUCCUACUGUUACUGCUACAGCUCCUAUGACUUCUACUAUAAACACUAAUACUGGUCUUUUACCUCAUAUACAACAAAAAACUGUACAUAUUGUUUUCCAAUAUGAAUCCACUAACAAUUUACGAAAUGAACAACGGCAAAAACCAUUUACCGGCUGUCGUUAUGUUCGACAUCGUUCUGAACUAGAACUUAAAUCAUCAUUGAAUUUUGAAGCUGUUGCAAAUUGUUUAAAUAUAACCAAUAUCAAUGAUUUAUUGAUUAGUGUACAAAUUAAAAAUGUUGUGAAUUCAACAGUUCCUAUGAAUUUUCAAAUUUUGCAAAUUGCUUGUAUUAGUCGGUAUUGGAGUAUAAAACCAAUCCAAUCAACAUGUAAUAUUGAUACUAUUCCUAGUAUACAUGUAGGAGAAAUUAUUACUCUUUAUUUUAAAGCUAAUCCAAUUAAAAAUAAUUCAGAUUAUAUAGAACAUAAUGAAAUGAGUAAUCACACUUCACAGGAAGGAUAUAAUAAUACAGGGAACAAAUAUAUUUCUGUAAUCCAUUUCAAUCAUCAUCAUCAUCAUCAUUAUUAUUGUCAAUCAAAUAAUAUGGAUAAUACUAACACUAGUACUGAUAAUAAUGAUUCAAAUUUACCACAAUCAUUGAUCAAUAGAUGUAACGAUGACAACAUGAUGAUGAUGAUGAUAUCAUCAACUAAUUUAGAAUUUUUUUGUCGGUCUGGAAUACAUUGGUAUCAUCAAUCUAAUGAUUCAAUUAAAUCUUUUGACGAUAGUUCAUCCUUGGAUAUUAAUCUCCUUAUAACAUGGAAGGGUUCAACAGAAACUACAUUGACUAAUCUUAAUCAAUCUAUCUGGGGACAAAGUCAUUUAAGAAUUAAUCAUCUAAAUUAUCCUGUACAAAUGCCGUAUAAUUAUAACAAUAAUUAUAAUAUAUUAGAUUUAAAAUUAUCUAAAAGGAGAUUUAAAAAAUGUAAACAUCAAAUAAAUAAUAAAAAAUUAAUAAAUUUAAACAAUUAUGAUUUAUCAAAUUUAAUAAGAAUUCAAUUAAAUUAUCCAAAAUUUGUAAAUUAUUCACAAAAUAAUCAAAACUGUAAUGAUAUAAAUCAAUUAAACAACAACCAUAAUGAUAAUGAUAAUACAAGUUAUACUUAUUCAUCACUUAAAGAUUUCUUUAAAGAUUUUUAUCAUUCAACAUUUAAUCAGUUACCAUGGGAACAAACAAAAAAAUGUUUUGUUCCAAUCUCUGUACAAGCUAAAAUAUACAAUAGUUCAAUGUGGCCUAUUAUUGUUCAAUUAGAUAUGAAUGAUAAGAAUAAAUUUGAACGUGAAUCAAUAACAGAAGAGGUCUUAUCAUCAACAACUGGAACAAGUCAUCCACAACACAUAAAUCCAUUUCGAGUGUAUAACUCAUCUUCACAAGUGGAAUCAAUUUCUUGUGAUGCCUCAUUUAUUCCAUCUCUUAUAUGGAUUGGUUUAACUAAACAAGAAUUUCAUCUACAACCAUAUCAAGUUAAGUGUUUAACAUUAAAAGCUUUAGCACCACAAUUUGGAAUAUUUAACUUAUGCACAUUUAGUAUAAAAGCAACACCUUUAUUAUUGUAUAAUUCACAUUCCAAUAUAAAUACAACUAAUAAACCUUUAUUAAUUGAUCAAAAUAUAUUUCCAAUAUUUCUUUUUAAAAAUCAUAAUAUGUUAUCUUUGGUUAUUAUAAAAUAACAUUGUAUUCAUGUAAUUAACCACUGACUACCAUGUAUUCACAAUGAACAUGUCUGUUUUCAUUUUUGUUAAGAUGGAUGAUAAAGUAAUAGUUCUCUCAUUAUCAUUUUCAAAAUGAGUAUUGUCAAUAAAGCAUAAUGAUGAUAUAAUUUGUCUACUUAUCUACUUGCUUAUUUGUCUACAUUAGCCUUGGAGAUAUAUAUAUCUCCAAGGCUAGGUAUUUUUUAAGAGCGUAGAUGGUAUCUAAUGUGUAUAUUAAGACUAAUGCUCAAAUGCUCCAUCCAUUUAUUUCCUAUUGAUUAUUCUUAUUUCGUCUAUAUUCUCAUCUGUGAAAUUUUGAUAAAAAUAGAUGAAGGGUUUAAUAAUAAAGUAAACGAAUGUAAAGUAGCAUACCUGCUCGUCUGUUUGUACUGUAUUUGUUAAUGUAGAUUAAUGUGAAAUUAUCUUUGAUCUUUUGUUUUUCUAUUCACAGUUCACAGUUAGUUUUGAUUGGUAAUGAACAUAUUUAACAAUGUCAUCGUAACACUGAUUAUAUUUGCCUAUAUAUAUCAUAUGUGAGAUUCUACAGAACUAUUGGUAUUGCUACCAUCUAACUACUUUUCUUUAUCUUGUCAUUUAGUUAUUUAUGUUUCCUUCUGUCUAGUUCCCUUUUUUCUUAUACAUAUAUAUUACUCUUAAUUCGUAAACCUUCACUGUUGUAUUUGUGAACACUCUUUGUGGUGUGGUUUAUGUUUCAUCGGUAAACUUUCAAAAGUAGUUUCCUUUUGAAGUUUUCUUUGUAAUUAUUUAUUUUAUAAUUCUUCCUUGAAAGAAAAUAUACAUUUUAAUUGAUAUACCAAAUAAACCCUGUUAGAUAUUUUUCUGUGAAUUCAGUAAUCUUGUCAGUUAAACAAUGAAAUGAUUCGAAUUUUCAAUUUUCAAUUGAAGCCAACAAUCCUGAUCUCUUGGUGAUUCAGUUCAUCAUUUAGUUGCAACGAAGAACCUCCUACGUAUGAACACUGGUUCAAAUUGCCAUACUUCAUUAGCACAAUGCGACAAAACGUCAGGCCAAAUCCCAGAAUGGUAGAGGUACAAAUAGUAUCAAUCGUAAUAAGAAGAAUUAGAUACUAAAGACACGACUCGAAAAGAAAAUAUAAAUUAAUAAAAUAAAAACCAAAGGUUACGCAGGAUUUAGAAUAUCAGAACUCGGGGAAAGACAAAGAAUAGAAGCACCUGCGACACUGCAAACGAUUUUGAACCAUGUCA